UUCCCUCUUUUGGAAAGAGAGGGUUGAUUAGUAUAUAGCCGAAGAGUAGCACAUUGACCUCUUCCCUAUGACUUCCUGAUCUUCAUCUUAUAAAUACUAAGGUAAGACAAGAAGUCAGAGAGCAGGGAGACCAAGAUUCCUCAAACCAGCUCUGCCUGCCCACAGUAAGAAUAAUGAUCUGCAUGGCUGCCCUCUCCUUCCUCAUCAUUGCUGCUGCCCUUGGGUCCCAGGCUAGCAUCAUACAUGAUUCAAAGAUUAGAGAACACUUGAAAUUGGACGAUGACUUUAGACCAGUACUUCACGGCUUUCACCAACCUGCUGACUGCUGCUUCUCCUAUACUUCACGAAAGAUCCAGUGUAGACUCAUGGAAGAUUAUUUUAGGACAAGUAGUGGGUGCCCCCGGCCAGGAGUCAUCUUCCUCACCAAAAAGGGACAACUUGUCUGUGCUGAUCCUAGUGACAGGAGAGUUCAGGACUGCAUCAGAAACUUGACCCCAACCUCAUUGCCUGAGAUCCUGGACACACUAAAACUUGCCUAGGAAAUAAGAUAAAAAUUACCAGGCACCAGACCUUCAGCUUUCUUGACACAAAUACUUUCUGGAUGUUUCUUGGCUUGAAUUGUUUUUUUAAAAAACAACACUGUCUCUUCUUUUAAAAAUGGAUUAAUAAACAGUACCUGUCUGGA